UCGCACAGGAGAUUGAAAGUGGACGCGGAGCUUUUACCACACCGACAUUGUUUACUUGAGCUGGUAAGGGAUCACCGCUACCAUGUACCUAGAGGACACACUCAGUCAAAAUCCAUGAAGCACAUGUUUCAAACGGACUCUCCAAAAUUGAAGCGUCCAACCCCAAGUGAACACCAGAAAGCUAGUAAUGGAUCUACUGGCGAGGCAAGCUUUGUCUAUGAAUGCUUGAAAAAAAAGUGACCCAAGAACAUGAGUUUUAAGGACAACUCUGUCAAUCAGGUUGAAUCGAACACACAGGACAGUCCAGAUGAAGUCAGCAACAAUAACCAGCAGGAAGAAGUAGCCUCUGAUAAUGGGGAUGCUAAUGCUAACAGGAUUCAGGUGGACGAGGAGAGGACAGGAGAGGUGGAGGGCUUCUCCCCCUUGCUAUCUCAGACUGAGGAGCAGGACAAGGUCAUUAUCUGGGGGACCGACUCCCAGUUUGAUGACCCGGAGUUAGCGGAGUUUGAGAUGCUCGAAUGCCAGGAGCUGGAGGCGUUUCUCGCAGAGGAGGAUGACGAGGUUCUCCCUAUAGAUGGAGUGGCUGAGACAGGCUCUCUGUCCAAGUCUGGUCCCAGUGAAGCAAAUGCUAGCACGUCCAAUAAAGAGGAGGAGGUGAAAGGUGUGCAGCAUGUUUUUAAGGAGCCAGAGACAGCAUCUCAGGCAUCUCCUAGCAAAGGGGGCAAUAAGACUGAGGUGAGCUCGGAAACGGACAUCUUCGUCUCCUGCUUCUCGUCUGUGUCCAGUCUCGGGGGCAGUCUGGCCAGUGCCCUGGACAACGCAGGACGAUCGCAGGCCACUGAUUCCUGGCAAGUUCUCUCCGGGCCAUACAGGACUUUAUCAGAGGACCUGACCCUCGCCUCUCAGUCCUGUUCCACCAUCUCAGAGAGGGGCCGUGGAUCUCAAAGGGCCGCGGCUCCCGCAGCCGAAAGCACAAAACACCUGUCAGGGGUUGACAUGAAUCUCAACUCCACAGUUCUGCCUGAGGAGCCCUUCCUAGAAGCACAAGAGAAAGAACCAGGUCAAAGCUCUCCCGAGGAGUGCUCGGGUCUGCUUACGAACGGCGUCGUCGGCAAAAGCAACAGGAACGUCACAAGCGCCAAAUGGGAGCACAUCAAACUCACAGAUGCCGAGCAGAGCCAGGGAGAGCAGUUGAACGAUGACCACCAGCCUACUGAUGCAAAAACCAGCCGUAGCCAAUCCCAGCCCACCAAGCUAGCGACUUCCGAUGGUACACAUUCACUUGAGCAGCAUCCUGCCCAGCCCAAACCAGUCCUUUCCACAAAAAAGACAAGUGCAACAAGGCAGGUGCCAGCUUCUCCAACUCAUAAUGUGAAUGGUAAACCAGCUAAGAGUGAUGAAGUCUCCGAUGUGAAUGUCAUCCCAUCCAAACCGAUUGGAAAGAGUUUAUCCUGCCAGUCCGUGUCUCCCACAUCCCUGAUUAAAAAGCAGGCGUCCUUCGAGAGAGCUCGCAGCGCAAGUCCGUCCAGCCUGGACAAGAGGAAACCUUGGGGCAGUCCCUCCAGACCCUCCACACCGCCAUCACCCAAGACCACGUGGUCCCCCAAAAGAAGGCCGCUCUCCUCCCCUGCUAAAACCACCAGCACCAGGGCCCCCAGCCAGGAGCGCAGCGACUCUCCACAGAGGGCUGCCAGCGGCAUCAAGCCCCCCUCCAAGGUCGGCGUCAGCACCGGGAUCCCCAAGGCAGUCCUCCACCCGCAGCCCGAAAUCAAGCCCGCCAACAAAAACACGUCCCCACCCCAAAAGCCGAAAAACGUCCGGCCCAAGAUCAUCACGUACGUGAGGAAGAGCCCUCAAGUGAAACCGCAAGUGACCGAUGGCCCGUAUGAAGUGUCCACCUUACCCCCAAGGCUGACCCCUUACGCCAGUCCCCCGGCUGCGAAAGAAACCAAGGCAACAGGGGUGAAGACAUCCGCCAUCCUCAGCUCCUCCAAUUUGCUGUAUGACAAAUACAAGCAGGAGAUGCAGAAGUCGGGCUACUUCGGCCCAGGCUUGGUGGGGUCAGGGAUCCGACCCCCCAGCUACACUGUCCCCCACAAGCUGACUGGCAAAUCAGAGAGCUUUCAUGGAGAGCUGCCCGAGAGGUACAUGCACGAGAUGGGCCGGGCAACAGGUGGAACGCCGGGUCCUCCGCCCGGAGCCGCAGACGUGGCCGCCGUCUACCGCUCUCCCCGAGCCCUCCGGCCGCAGCUGGGCCUGGGUGCCGUUGCCAGGCAGCAGCCCGCUGCUAAAAACAGGAUGAUGAUGGCGGCAGGUCAGAGGUCAUCGCUGAGCUUCAGUCAGCCCGCCCCCGGUGGCCCACCCACUCACCACUACCAAGACCCCACAGUGGACCAGAAGAAGCUGCUGGCUCUGGAGGGUGGGCCCAAGACCCUGCUGCCCAAACCGGGCCAGUCUGGCCUGCGUCCCCCUGGCUUCGCCCACCUGCCCCCUGCCCGCCUGGCUGCCUUUGGCUUCGUCCGCAGUGCCAGCGUGUCAUCUGUGUCCAGCAACCAAUCCAGCGACAGCACCCACAGCGACCCUUGCCGAUCCACCAAUCGUCCAGCCAGUGGCUCAGGCCUCGAGGAUGUGGUGCCUGUGCAGAGAGCGCCAGCGCCCCCUAGUGAGCCGCCCUGCCCUGUGCGCCGUGGGAGCCCCCAGCCCCCCAACGCACCCCUGCCCACCCGACGCAGCUUCCCUCCCCCUACAAGGAGCUCCCCCGUGGCCUCUCGUAAAGAAUUUCAGAAGGAUUCUGAGCAUGCAAAGCCUGCAGUUUCCUCACCAAAACGCUUCGCUGUUGUGUCACCUAAACCACAAUCCCCUGUGCGCCAGAAGUCGUCCGUGGGCCGCUCCAGCGCGCAGGAGGCCGAGCGCGAGCGGGAGAAGGAGCGUGAGCGAGAGCGCGCCCUGGUGGAGAAGCUGAGGCAGCGCUGCGAGGAGCAGGCCAGGCAGCUCCAGAGCCUGCAGGCCGAGCUGAGCAAGGCCAGCCGCGGUCUGGAGGUCUUUGCCAUCACCACCCAGCAUUUCUGCCAGAAGAGUGAGAGAGCCAGCGUGAAGGAGAGGGAGCUGUCCCACGAACUGGGUCGGAUCAGGGAUGAAGUGGCCUGCAGCGUGGCCCGCUGGGAGCGCCUGCGCGGGGAGAAGCAGCAGCUGGAGGAGCGCUUUGAGCAGGAGCUGCGGGGGCUGCGUCAGCAGCAUCAGCUGGAGCUGGGCGCUCUGGAGGAGAGGCUGAUCUGCCAGCACCGCGCCCACACCCACCGCCUCCAGCGCCAGCAGCACCAGCAGCUGGACGAGCUGCGUGCCCAGCACCAGGAGCAGGUUGAGGAGAUGACUGAUAACCAUGAGGCAACGCUGCAGGAGAUGGAGGAGACCCACAACGCCACCCUGGCCACACUACAGGAGGAGCAUGCCAGGACCAUCCGCAAUCUGAAGAUGGCUCACGAACAGCAGAGGAAGUCUUUAGAACAGGAGUUUGAGAAGCUUAGACUGUCCCUCCAGGAUCAGGUGGACACGCUCACGUUUCAAAACCGCAGCCUGAGGGACCGAGCCAAGCGCUUCGAGGAGGCACUGAGGAGGAGUACAGAUGAGCAGAUAGUGGAUGCUUUGGCACCAUACCGACACAUUGAGGAGGAUCUGAAGAGUCUGAAGGAAGUUCUGGAAAUGAAGAAUCAGCAGAUCCAUGAACAGGAGCUGAAGAUCUUAGAACUGGAGAAAAUGGCUCAAAAGAACGUGGUUCUGGAGGAGCGUGUGCAGGUGCUGCAGCAACAGAACGAGGACCUGAGGGCCAGGAUCGAGACCAACAUCGCCACGUCCAGGCAAUUGUCAGAGGAGAACGCCAACCUGCAGGAGUACGUGGAGAAGGAGAGCAACGAGAAGAAGCGCUUGAGCCGCAACAACGAGGAGCUGCUGUGGCGGCUGCAGACGGGCGAGCUGAGCCCGCGCAUGUCCCCCUCGGGCUCCCCCAUCCACCGCGCCGCCUCCGGGGCCACCUCGCCCUCUCACGUCCAGAACUUCCCCAGAUGAACCAAUCCAGCCCCCCUCCCACACACACACACACACACACACACACACAAUGGAUACCUCCUUGGCCCCUCUGUUCCUCGCUCUUGCUCCGUCUGUCCAUCUCCUUUGGAUGGAGGGACUCGUCCCCAUCCCUUCCUUUCCUCUCAUUUUCUCCUCUCUGUU